AUGAAAGAUGUUGAUGCUCGACGUACCCACACGAAUGAUAUCGUGAUAGUCGUCGAUGUACUCGGCAUAGAAGCUGCACGUAAAGCCAUGGAACUUGAAAUCUGUCGUGUUAUGACUUCCGAUGAAACCUACUGCAACUCUCGGCAUUUUGCACUACUUUGCGAUGUCACGAUGACAAAAAGUCAUUUAAUGACUAUUACUCAUCAUGGGAUCAAUCGGCAAGAUGUUGGACCAAUUAUGCGAUCCACUUUUGAAGAAAUGGUUGAUACUCUCAUGGAAACGGCGGCACAUGCAGACUUCGAACCAUUGAAAAACGUCUCGAAAAUGAUUCUUAUCGGUCGAUUAUCUAAGCUUGGCAUGGGUUGUUUCGAUUUGCUCUUGGACACGAAGAAAUACGUCAAAGUUUCGAAAUUACCAACGAAUACGAUGGUUGGAUACGACAUGAUGCCGAAUGAUCCCGUCAAAGCGUUUAAUCAAUACACUGCAAUAUCGUGGAUUGAAUCAAUGACAACAAAAUCAAAUGAGGAAUCUAUUUGGUUACAGACGUCUCGUCAAAUAACGCCGGUGGAAUCUGUCGACUUCUCUUAA